UGCUACAUGCUUGGCUGGAGACAGGACCCAGUAGCACCUACUUUAUAUCAAGAAAGACAGUGUUUACUUCCUAAACACUAAAGAGGGAGGAGAAUUUGACUCAAGUGGAAAAGGACUGUUUAUCAGUAACUGGAUCUGUAACAAAGAUGACCUCGAUCAUUACUGUAGCUGCUAAUUCCUUGCAGUGCAUUUCUGGCAUGCCUCUUGUCAAGAAGUCAGGUUGAGCCAGAAGUUUCUCAUUAAUACCUCCACAGUAAAAGGCUUUUAUUAAAGGGCUGAAACUUGAGAGCUGUGAGUGGUUACCUAAGCUCUAGAGGGAUGACUCUCCGCAGGCCAGCUGCUCAACAAAGGAGGACUCCAAGCUGGAGGAGAUCAGGAGAUGAGUCCUACUGGGAGAGCUUGAUGUCAGAAGGGGAGGGUUUGCCCACUGUUUCUCAUCCACCACGUGCGCGUCGGCCCCAGAGCGCCAUUGAAGGUGGCCAGCUGGACAGCUGGCUAGAGCACCUGCAGGCUAUGCAGAGCAAACUUAGAGGCCCAGCUCAUAAUCAGGCUCAAGUGUUCAAUGAUCGAACAACAUCCAUGCCUGUUCUCAACAAAGAGCCAACUGGACGUGCUUGGAGACACAUGGGCGUCCCCUUAUUCAGCGGGGUCUCAUCCUCAUGCGGCAGUUCAAGCCUAUGUGACAGUUCACUGGGCAGCCAGGAGUCCCUCCAAACUGGGGUUUUUUCACCUCCAGAGCGCAGAGGAAGCUGGGAGAGAGCUCAUAUCAUGCAGGCUCCAAAGAAGGAACAAGCUCAACUUAGUUAUCUUUCUCCAGUCAAAACUGGAUGGCUGCCAAUCCAAAGAAGAGUGAUGAUGGUGGCUGACACUUGCAACCAAAACCAACCUUUGGACCAUGCUGCUGGACAUGUGAAACUGAAACAACCCAUUACUCCAACAUUUCAGAAGAAUCACGCAACGCCCAAGGCACAGGAUGGAGAGCUGCAGAGAAGGCCCGCCAGUCCCGGUGCUCUGGGUGUGAAGAUGUGGCAGGCACCUGAUCCAGACGCUCCUAUUAUUAAACAGGUGCCAGAAAAAUGUAGCUUUCCUGCAAAUGUAGGGGACAGACCUGUCGGCUGGCAAGCUCUGAGGAGGGGCUGGAAUACCGGCAGGGUGUCAGCUUUCCCUGGAGGCAGUAAGUCCAAGGAGCUCCCCACAGGGACCGACUCCGACCCUAAUAAGAAAUCCCUUUUGAUGAAAAGGCAUCCUCCUCUGCAUCGCACAACUUCUGCAAUGGCCCCACCGUGCGGGACAAACAAUAGUCCACAAACUUCACACAUACAGACAAGUUCUGCUGUGGCAACGCACAUCCCUCAGAACAAAGCUGGCUUCUCCUCCAUUACCAUCUCCUCCAGAAAGGUGAGCAGGACAGCUAGUCUACCUGGCUCUGAUACCAGCAACCACUCUUUCCAGACAAGUGAGUCUCCUUCUCCUCUGAGCAGCCUUGACCACCAGCCUAUGGACCCAAACUCCAGGCAUUUAACAGUGCAACGGAAAGCCACUAUAAUCAAAGUGACAGAGAAAAGAGUGAUUUCAAGCCCCGUACCAAACACAAACAGGCCAGGGACACCACCAGGAAGCAAUGGUCUGGACACAGUGGUGCACAGAAGGAAGGCCACCAUCAUCAAAGUGACAGAGCACAGGGAAAGCUGCAGUCCAGGCAAACUGAGGGCCAAGUACCCAGAGUACAGACACAGCUAUACUGAGGGGAUGUAUAUGGGCAACAACACAUGGAGUCAGGGAAAUCAUUCACAAAAUAAUGAAGAGACUUCUUAUUGCCAUCUGAAUUCCACCCCAAACUCUGCAGCACCAAAUACAUUUCCUUCAGAUCCAGAGAAAAAUGGCUCACGGCACAGAUCCACACUGAGUCUUUUCCUGACCAACCCUCCUGCUGCAGCAGGACCCGCUUCCUCAGAGGUUUCUCCAAAGGCUCUUGGAAAGCAAUCGGGCAGGCCGCACAGACCACUGAGCUGGUACGGCAAUGUGAUUGGACACACUGAGAUGAGUAAGGCGAAUGUGACACAACCAUCUGCCAGGAAAUGGAGCUUUGGGGUUCCACGAGAGACCAGUAUCAACCCUAUGAACUCUGACAGUUGUUUCAUCAGUCCUGGAAAAGCAGUGAAAGGAACGGGUCAUCUUGUGGCAGACACACUUAAGUCAAAGGGCGAUGAAAAAGAAAGAUUGCCACUGCAAAAAACUACAACACAGACAGAGUCCUCCAGUCUAACUCUCUUCAAGGCCCCGGAUCCCCACUCCCAACAGUCUCCAGAGGAAGUGAUUGCCCUCAACGCAGCUGCAAUCAUAGCAAAUAUCAAACUCCAAAGACAACUUAGUCAGAAGACAAAACCAAAUGGCGACUCUGCGAAGGAUUCAGCCGCAUCACCCCAGGGAAAUUCUGUGACAGACGUGGGGGAACGUGCAAAGCCUCAUCCUGAUCAAAGUCCAGUCCGACGCUUUAACCGGCCUCAUGCUGAAUUUGUUCCGCUGAGUCUGGACCCUGAAAGGUCACCUGAAACUGUUUCUCUUCAGCACGCGUUGCAGAGGUUGAGACCAGACUUCAUCAGUCGUUCCCAAGGCAGAGUGCAAGAGCUGGAGCGAAAGGCGCAGGCGAGAAGGAAACUGUCAAAUUCAGUAGGCCCACAGUCGGAGAAGGCAGUCAGGCGGAGGAGAGUUCUCAGCACCGGGUCUACCUCUCUGAACGGUGACCUUUUCACACACACAGACAGAGCCAUCCCUAGAAAAGAGAUGCAGCCCAGAUCCAAGCUGACGCCCGCAGAGCUCAAGAGAAAAAAAGACGAAGAAAGGAGAGAAGUCAGUUUGAACAACAGAUAUCAAGCGGAGCUUUACAAAACGAAAUUGCUGGAUCAAGUUCUUCAAAGGAGCAACAACUAAAUGACUGAUCACAGAUGAAGAUGUUGAAAUAAAGACAGGUUAAACUGCUUAAAAAAGUGAAUACACUUGGGCAGAGUCCUUAUGGAUUCUAGAAACAUUUUCGAAACAGCAGCGCCUGCUGUUUAAAUGACCUUUAAAUGCUCUGCCACUUGGUCGUCUCAGCCACCCUUGUGGUAUGCAAUUGCUAAUAAAGGUUGCUGAAGGUUGAGAGUAUGAAAUCAUGUCUGGACAGUCUGCUGUGGUUGUAAUCAAAUAUCACAUUCACCUAUACGGUUUUGAUUAACUUCUGAGCUGGCUGUUCAUGCAGUUUCUUGUCUUGUUUUCACUUGAUUGCAAAUUGCCUUUGUUUUGAGAAUAUGCCGUGUAAUUGGGUGCAGAAUAAACAUCCCACUGCAGUUGUGUCUUCUGACAGUCACUUUCACGUGAUCUCAUGUGAUUUGAAGCAGUACUGUAAACCAGAAUCAUUUAUUAUGCCUCACAGUCCCACCCAGGAC